AAACACCUCAAGAAACAACCAGCAUGGCUACCCACCGUUGCUCGGACACCUCCUUCCACCAACUUUGCACGCACGCCCGCACCAGCCUUCCAAUCAAGGCCCAAGAUCAAAGCAGGCAAGCCACGGCUCUUCCAACCUCAACGGAUAGAGUACACAGAAGAUGCGUUGCGCCGACGAUUCUACACAGAACAUCCAUGGGAACUCGCACGACCUGUGAAGAUCCUCGAAACGGAUGGUCAGGAUGGGAAACGGUUCGAUUGGUCAAAGCUCAGACAAGCUGGACGUGCCUUGACGGGUGAGAAUGUCGUUCAACGGCAACAAUACCUCAUGACGCAUGAACAAAAAUCACGCGACGAGGCGUAUGAUAUGGCGCGGCAAGAGUUUUACAAGGAACGGAUGGUGGAGCAAGUUGAACGGACUAUUGCCAUGGAAGAGGCAUUGGCCUUUGGUGCGACAUUCGACAAGAGUGAGAUGCAAGUUGGCCUUGAGUUGGAGGACCAGGUACUCGUUGAUUGGAAGGCCAAGGCUACUGCAGCCAAGCAGCUCGUG